CAAUAUCGCGUUGUUCGUCACCAGUUGUUUUAUUUUUGUUCCUAUACAAUAUUUUCUUAAACCUAUACGUACAAAUAAGACAUUCGUUAUUAGUUCCGUUUUUCGAUGUUCAUCCGCUUUACAAACGUUUCUCACUGUAAGGUUACGAAAAUAUGACGGUUACCAAUUACGGCAUGAUGAGGCCCUGUUUUACCGGAUACCCAUUUCAAGGCCAGGGCCGGGUGAACCAGUUAGGUGGCGUGUUCAUUAACGGCCGGCCUUUGCCCAACCACAUCCGGCUGAAGAUUGUCGAAAUGGCUGCGGCUGGCGUACGACCUUGCGUCAUUUCUAGACAGCUUCGCGUAUCACACGGAUGCGUAUCCAAGAUUCUGAACCGUUACCAAGAGACGGGUAGUAUCCGACCGGGCGUAAUUGGCGGUAGCAAGCCUAGAGUCGCAACGCCAGACGUGGAGCGUCGAAUCGAGGAGUAUAAGACGGAAAAUCCCGGAAUUUUCAGCUGGGAAAUACGCGACAGAAAUGACAAUGAGCCCGCCCAAUAUCACGAUAAUAAAAGAUUGAUUAGAGAAGGAUUGUGUGAUCGAGGAAGCGCUCCGUCUAUUAGUGCAAUAUCAAGGCUUUUAAGGGGCCACGAUGGGGAUGAUUCGGCUUCAGAGAAAAAAGUUAGCGACGGCAAAACUUCAGACGGUUCAGACUGUGAUUCGGAACCGGGUAUACCGCUAAAACGCAAACAGCGCCGCAGCAGAACCACGUUUACUGCGUUACAGUUGGAUGAGCUGGAAAAGGCGUUCGAGCGCACCCAGUACCCAGACAUUUACACUAGAGAAGAGUUGGCUCAGCGCACCAAACUGACCGAAGCCAGAAUACAGGUAUGGUUCAGCAAUCGGCGCGCCAGACUAAGAAAGCAAAUGUCUAGCAACACCGGAAGUUCCACGCCAGGUUCCGGUGGUUACGGCAUGGGAUUGGCCCUCGGGUACUCACCAUCCGCUCAGCAACAACAGAACCAACAACAGUCGUCGGGCCCGAACUCGUCAUCCACGCCCGCUUACAUAAUGUCACCGCAACAGUUGCACGAACCGUACAACACGACGCCGGACGGAUACAAAGAAACUGACGAUCAUCAUCAUCAGCAACAGCAGCAGCAACAACAGCAACAGCAACAACAGCAGCAACAGAUGAUCAAGGACGAACAUCAGCAAAACAACAUGAUGUACAGCGGUCUAGGUGCCACGUCAUUAAUCGACCACGAAAACAGGCCUCAUAGCAACAUCAGCACCGAAGCAGCAACGGCCACGUCGUACAUAGGAAUCGCGGGUGGUACAUAUCCGACCACGCCGCUUUACACGUCCACGUCGUCGCUGCUAACUUCUCAAAUGGGACAGUUGAACGGAAGCGGUCAACUCUCGCAAUUGCACAUUGGUUCGGGCGGCGGCCAUCACCAAGCCUCGUCGCCGAACUUGCUAUCGGCCGCGUCGCAGUCCUAUCAGAUCGGUUCAGCGGCUGCCAACUCGGCUCCCACGAUGAUCACGCACCAUCAACUGUCUCCGGUGUCGGCCAACAUCACACUCAUGGGACAAUCGAACGGAGCGAACGGUGGCGAAAGCCUGAUCACGGUGUCGUCGUCCGAACUAGUGUCCAUGCAGAGCCCGUCCAGCUGGUCGUCGCUGGCCAACCACCACGGAAUCGGCAUCGGCGGCGGAGGCGGCGUCGGCGGACACCAUCAGAUGCCGCCCAUGAAUCCGACUCGGAUAAGCCCGCAGCCCGCGCUCAUACCGACUGCUUGCAUGGGCGGUCAGAUGAGUCCCACUUCGGCUGCUUACUACCAGCCCCGGCAAACGCACCCGCCGUUCUACACGUGGUACUGAUCUCCCGCUCCCUCCGGGUGAUCCAACUAGCUCCGACGAUUUUUCGCAGGUUUCUUCUAUCCGAACGAAAAUUCCGCCUGCCCACAACCCGCCAGGUUUGCCUGCAGAAGUUGCGGUACCCUGAACGUGUCCCGCAGUGAUAUCGAUACGUUCGCAGGUUUAAAAAAAAAAUUGAUUUUCUCAAGUCUCGUGCCGGUGCAGUUAAGUUCGUUGUACGACGAAGUACGUCAUCGUCGUAGAUUCCUAUAAAUGCGUACACACAUCGAUUACCAGCGCAGCGUGUCGAUUAAACAUAUGUAAAUUAUUAUCGUUGACAGACGUCAGUCUGAAGUCCUGGAGGCGCUGCAGAUUCGUCCUGGAUAAACGAGCGCACAUAACAUUAUAGCCAUAUACCAAUACUGAUAUUAUAUAGUAACGAUUCAUAAAUAAAAUAUUAUAUGUACACAAACCAAUAAUAUUAUACAAAUCGAUUUUUUGAAAAUCGGACGUGAACAGCAAUACAAGAUGAAAAAAAAACAGACUAGUGAACAAAAUUACGGUCUUUUUUCCGCACUGCAACACACCCGCCAUACAAUUAUUAUCGUAAUAUCGUUUACAACAUAUCGGCUCAUAAAAAUGAUUGUAGAACUCGUGUUCUGCGUCGUGAAUAUUAUAACUCAUAAGUUAUAACACAUGGCACAUGAUAUUUUUUUUUCAUUUGAACGUUGCGUGGCGGCCGCGCUGUCAUUCGUCGAGAGGGACGUUUUCGUUUGAUCAGAACUAUAUUAUAAAAUAAUAUUUUAAGAUCUAUUUAUUAUUACAUCAUAAUAAACGCACCGGAUCGCGGUGACAAUAAUAUAGUAUUGUAUACCUACACUUAUAUAUAUAUAUGAUGCGAUGACGAUAACUCAAAAGUGCCACAAUGCCACAUUCCGGAUUGUAUGGUUAUUAUUAUUUGCUCUGCGUACGGCUUAAGGGAUGCGACUUAUAAUGCACUUAUAGGUACCUACUAUACAAUGUACGAGACACACAAUGUAAUAUAAUAAUAAUAAUACCAUGACACGACGUGCACACCUAUGUAUACGUGUGUAAUAUCAUAGGUAUGAUAUUAUUAUUAUGUACUGUUGCGGGUACAAUUAUUGUUGUCGGUAGUCGAUUUUCAGAAAUAAUACAAGUUCAAUGCCAGUCGCCAGUGAUCGUCGUCCCUUGGCGGAGUGUGCGGCGGCGGGGUGUGAUCGAGUGAAAGAAACAAAAAAAAAAAUAAACAAAAAAACAACCGUUAUCAUUUUGAUAGGUCUUCCGGUCAAGUAUGCGGAGUUUAUGUGUGUUUGUAUAGGUAUUGUAAAUUGUGUACAACAUCGGUACGUACAAUACGAUUGUAUGUAGUAGGUAGUUAACAUGUGGUAAACGUCACGAAUUCUUUCAUCUCACUCGCCCAUCCGCCCACGACAGUGCAUGGUGAACGGGACUCUCUCUUGCGAAACGUACUCGUGUCGUACCACACUCGCUAGCUGACCAUAUAGUCAUGAUAAAAUGAUAUAUUUAAUUUAUGGUCGGAGGUCACAGGAAAAAUCGAAUUGUAUUAUUACAAUGACUAUUAUACCUGCGCAGCUUGUCGGCUUUACUAUGUAUAUAUAAUAUAAUAUAUGAUGUAACAUAAAAAUACAUGUGUGAGUUUGUUUCGAUAUAUAUAGGUUUAAGUCUCAAACUUUAACAUGAUAAUUAUUGUAAAAUGAUAUAUACCUAUAUGUAUAUAGCGUUUAAUUUUCUUGUUGGGUAGUCCAAGUAAUUUUUUUGUAUGUUCCUUAUAUUCAUUAUACUUUGUAUAUAAAAAUUUUUUGAGCGUAAACUGUUGACGCUGUGAGGCAAUUAGACCCGAUUCCUAUUUUUUUGUUUUUACAUUUUUGUAUUUAAUUACCGCUUUAAAAUUAAAACGCGAUUACAAUUAUUAUAUAAUAUAGUAAUAUUAAAACGAUACCUGUGUGUAUACACUAUUGUCUAUUACCUACUAAUAAUUCAUUCCGGUGACGCGAUAUUUACAGUAAAGUCAAACAAAAAUCGUUUAUAUUAUACAUAUGUCGAUAGAUAAAAACAUUAAAAACUAAUAAAAAUAUCGAUUUAUAAUGCCCACAUGAUGAUAUUGUAUUUGUAUUGUAUAACAUAUUACUAUAAAUAUUAUGCAUAAUAUUAUAAUGUAUUUGUAUUGUAUAUUUUUGUUUCAAACUAUUCCGUUUGUAUGUGUUUUGUGUAAAUAUACGCGCGUUUGUCGAACGGUUCGUUCUUAUACUUCAACACCGGUCACUACGCAGAUUUUAAUGUAUUGUUAAUUUUGUUGAUUCUAGCUAAUUUUGUACCUUGUAAGCAGACGUCACGCGUUUUCGUCUUACGUUUAAUUAUAUUUUUUGUCUAUAAAAUCUUUCAUUUCACCCAUCUCUCUUUUAUUUUUAGUUACGUAUUUUGUUUUCUCCUGUAUACCUUAUACUUAAUUAUAAUAACAUA